AUGGCCUACAGCCCGACAAAUAUCCCCGACAACCUCUACGUCGGAGGUUUAUGGGCACUUCGUCGCUCCGAUCAGCUGUCUGAAAAGGGCAUUACUCAUGUACUGUCGCUGUAUGGGUUCCCGCCAGAUUCUCUCAAGAACUUCAAGGAAGAGCCAUGGUCCGAGUACGGAAAGCAAUAUCAACACCUUGUUAUCGAUAUUGACGAUGUUGAAGAGACCGACAUCCUGGUCGAGUUCCCAAAAGCCGUCAAGUUCAUCAACGGAGGCCUCAACAGCAUCAGCGAAACAGGCAAGCCGGGUGGUGUUUUCGUCCACUGCGCUGUGGGCAAAUCACGUUCCGUUUCCUGCGUCAUAGCCUUUCUACUGUGGAAGUACCCCAACAAGUUCGAUCCUUCCGCUAAAUCCGGUGCUUCAAAGCCUCGAAAUGAGACGGCCGAGGAAGCAGUGGACGCAGCUCUCGCCCUAAUCCGGCAAACACGCCCCAUGGCAGAGCCCAAUGAUGGGUUCAUGGAACAACUGCGCAUGUGGUGGACGAUGGGAUGCCCCGAAGACGUUGAGGAACAUCCCUUGUAUCAGCGCUGGGCAUAUCAGCGCGAAGUCAGCGAGAGCCUGGCUGUGGGACAGGCGCCUUCGCGUCUUCGUUUCGAGGACGAGCAAACUCCAAAGCUUGACACGUCUGGAUCGAGCCUACGCUGCAAGAAAUGCCGUCGUGUGCUUGCAACUGCCCAAUUUAUUGCCAAACACGAAUCUAGCAAUGGCCCAACCAACUGCCAGCACUUCUUUAUUGAGCCGUUGAGUUGGAUGCGCCCCGAAUUGGAACAAGGUACCCUAAAUGGUCGACUGACCUGCCCCAACGACCGCUGCGGCGCUACCGUAGGCCGCUACGAUUGGAAGGGGUUCAAGUGCAGUUGCGGUGCCUGGUUGACACCCGCGUUCUCGCUACAACGAGCCAAAGUAGACGAGGCCGUGACGUCUACAUCUGGUACCGGCGGCAACCUAGGCAUUAGACUUCCACCCGGUUCUGGACGAGGAAAUCUCUGA